GCAGAAGAUGCCUUUCAUACACUACCUAGGAGAUGGCAGUGAAGACUGAUCCUAGUGAAGAAGCAGAGUUCCCUUUUCUUCUCAUUAAAUUUCACCUGGUGUCUUAUGGAAAAGAGAAAGCCCAAACUGAAGCUCACUUUAACCGCCAUAACAUGAUGCCAUCUUUCUAUUUCAAAUUGCCGCAGUGGAAAUGGCCCAUUAGGGGUAGCGCAAGGGGUAUUUACACUUACCUCUCGGCCGACCAGACAUCGACUGAUCAAGACUCUGGCGAGUCCCUUCUAGAGAAGGCCGGACCGUGUAUCGGCGGCAAGUGCUGUCAUAGACCUUUUUACAGGGACGCACGAUUCCUGGUUGCACAUUUUGCUAUAUUCUCUAUUUAUGUAUUUAUUUUACUUCUGGUAGGACACAGUGCACAGAAUCUAAGGUAUCAUGGGCUGCCAUAUUCUCCGGCUAGAGGCUAUAUCACAUUUCAAGAGACCUCUUUCAGCCUGGAGGAUCGUAUUCAAGACCAUGCGAGUCCUUUCACGGGCAAGCCGAGCGAGGAAGUUGACCAAGCCUGGCACGAUCUCUUGAAUGACGAGAACAUCCUGCUCGAGCCCGAAUACAUCCGCCAUUACAAUCGCGAGGAUUCCUCGGUGGAAGUUCCAGAACAUGGCCAUUACCUAGGCACUCUCAACGUGUACCAUGAGUUGCAUUGUCUCAAGCGGAUACGGCAGUAUAUGUACAUGGACUACUACUUCCCGUCAAUUUCCGAGCACCAGAAGGAGAUUAACCGGCUUCACAAUGAACAUUGCAUAGACUUCCUUCGCCAGUCUGCUAUGUGCCACGGCGACAUCGGACUAAUCACGUAUAGCUGGCAUGCAGACCAGCUGAUGCCGAUUGCGAACGCGACGAGCCACCAGUGCGUGGACUGGAACAAAUUAUCUCAUUUCACACGAUCCAGAUCGGUCGAUAUGAUGAGACCCAAUUGGCUGAGGCACCCUACGAAAGGGGUGGCAUACCCCGAUGGAGAGGGGGAUAACAUUGGUGCAGCAGAAUCACCGCAUUUGGACAAUGGACAUGGACAUGGACAUUGAUGUUGAUGUUGAUGCGUUGCGUGGCGUUUGCACGCUGGCUUGUCUGAAUGUAUAUGUAUAUUCCUAUUCAUAAUGCUAGAAUCACCGUUCAGAGAUUUUUGUCAAUCCAUUAUACCAUCACGGGCUUGUAACUAGAACUAUUGAUGGACUUAGAGCUUAAUUAUUCGUAAUGUAAAUUGAACAACAAGAAACGAGCUGGAUCAAAA